AGCGAGCGCGGCGGCGGCGAGGAGCGGAGCCUUCAACCUCUCUAGCCGCGGCAGGACGGGGGCGGCCGCCGCGGGCCCGGGGCGGGGACAGUACGCAGCCUCGCGGCACGCACCCCCACCCGGCAACGGCCACGACACCCGGGGCGAGCGGGAAAGCGGCGGCGGCGGCGGGGGAAGGAUGCAGGGAAAGAAGCCGGGUGGCUCGUCGGGCGGCGGCCGGAGCGGCGAGCUGCAGGGGGACGAGGCGCAGAGGAACAAGAAGAAGAAAAAGAAGGUGUCCUGCUUCUCCAACAUCAAGAUCUUCCUGGUGUCUGAGUGCGCCUUGAUGCUGGCGCAGGGCACGGUGGGCGCCUACCUGGUGAGCGUGUUGACCACCCUGGAACGCAGGUUCAACCUUCAGAGCGCCGAUGUGGGUGUGAUCGCCAGCAGUUUUGAGAUCGGCAACUUGGCGCUGAUUCUCUUCGUAAGUUACUUUGGAGCUCGUGGGCACCGACCGCGCCUCAUCGGCUGUGGUGGAAUCGUCAUGGCAUUGGGCGCGCUGCUCUCGGCACUGCCUGAAUUUCUCACCCACCAGUACAAGUAUGAGGCUGGCGAAAUUCGAUGGGGAGCAGAAGGCCGGGAUGUCUGUGCCACCAAUGGGUCUAGCAGUGAUGAGGGGCCUGACCCGGACCUAAUCUGCCGUAACCGGACAGCCACGAACAUGAUGUACUUGCUGCUCAUUGGGGCUCAGGUGCUCCUGGGCAUCGGUGCUACCCCCGUGCAGCCCCUCGGGGUCUCCUACAUUGAUGACCACGUACGCAGGAAGGACUCCUCGCUCUACAUAGGAAUCCUGUUCACGAUGUUGGUAUUUGGACCAGCCUGCGGAUUUAUUCUGGGCUCUUUCUGUACCAAAAUCUAUGUGGAUGCGGUCUUCAUUGACACAAGUAACCUGGACAUCACUCCCGAUGACCCGCGCUGGAUCGGAGCCUGGUGGGGCGGCUUUCUGCUCUGUGGUGCCUUGCUCUUCUUCUCGUCCCUCCUGAUGUUUGGGUUCCCACAAUCCUUGCCCCCACACUCAGACCCUGGCAUGGAGAGUGAGCAGGCCAUGCUCCCAGAACGAGAAUAUGAGAGGCCCAAGCCCAGCAAUGGGGUCCUGAGACACCCCCUGGAGCCAGACAGCAGUGCCUCCUGUUUCCAGCAACUGAGAGUGAUCCCCAAGGUCACCAAGCACCUGCUCUCAAACCCUGUGUUCACCUGUAUUGUCCUGGCUGCUUGCAUGGAGAUUGCUGUGGUGGCCGGCUUCGCUGCCUUCCUGGGCAAGUACCUGGAACAGCAGUUUAACCUCACAACUUCCUCUGCCAACCAGCUGCUCGGGAUGACGGCGAUCCCCUGUGCCUGCCUGGGCAUCUUUCUGGGUGGCCUUUUGGUGAAGAAGCUGAGCCUGUCUGCUCUGGGGGCCAUUCGGAUGGCCAUGCUGGUCAACCUGGUGUCCACAGCCUGCUAUGUCUCCUUCCUCUUCCUGGGCUGUGACACAGGCCCUGUGGCUGGGGUCACUGUUCCCUAUGGAAACAACUCAGCACGUGGCUCGGCUCUUGACCCCUACUCUCCGUGCAACAACAACUGUGAAUGCCAGACGGAUUCCUUCACGCCAGUGUGCGGGGCCGAUGGCAUCACCUACCUGUCAGCCUGCUUCGCUGGAUGCAAUAGCACGAACCUCACAGGCUGUGCGUGCCUCACCACCGUCCCCCCGGAGAAUGCCACCGUGGUUCCAGGGAAAUGUCCCAGUCCUGGGUGCCAGGAGGCCUUCCUAACCUUCCUCUGUGUGAUGUGUGUGUGCAGCCUGAUCGGAGCCAUGGCCCAAACCCCUUCUGUCAUCAUCCUCAUCAGGACAGUCAGCCCUGAACUCAAGUCUUACGCGCUGGGAGUUCUUUUUCUGCUCCUUCGUUUGUUGGGUUUCAUCCCCCCACCUCUCAUCUUUGGGGCUGGCAUCGACUCCACCUGUCUGUUCUGGAGCACCUUCUGCGGGGAACAAGGCGCCUGUGUCCUCUACGACAACGUGGUCUACAGAUAUUUGUAUGUCAGCAUCGCCAUCGCGCUCAAGUCCUUUGCCUUCAUCCUCUACACCACCACGUGGCAGUGCCUGCGGAAAAACUAUAAACGCUACAUCAAAAACCACGAGGGCGGGCUGAGCACCAGUGAGUUCUUUGCCUCUACUCUGACCCUAGACAAUCUGGGGAGGGACCCUGUGCCCGCACACCAGACACAUAGGACAAAAUUUAUCUAUAACCUGGAAGACCAUGAGUGGUGUGAAAACAUGGAAUCUGUUUUAUAGUGACUACAGGAGGGCUGAACUCUGUAUUUGUGAACAAAGUGUCAUUUUUCUUAAAAAAAAAAAAAAAAAGAAAAGAAAGAAGGUUUUGAAAACAGACGUGCAUACUCACACGCGCACACACACACACAUGCACACAUACAUACACAUGAGACCUUUGUCCUUUUUCUAAAACUCAGAGCCAGUCAGGAUUCAGGAUAAAGAGAGAAUGGGAUGGCCCUGGAGGACACGCACACUGCUGGGCUCAGAAUCCGCUUGGAAGGCACCUCAUGGUUUUCACGAUGCCGACAGCUACAAGCAAGAGGCACUGCCAAAUUCAGGGAACACUUGUGGCCAGCUUGGAGGAUGGACAUUUCUGGAUAUGCAUACACAUACAAAACUUAAAAGGCAUUUAAAAAAAAUGAGUCUACUAAAACCACAAGUUCAAGUUGAAAACAUUGCCAGAUUAAGCACUAGAGACACCCUCUCCCUCCGGUGGGGUGUGGGGGUAGGGGUACAGGUUGGAGGGAUGGGAGCCCCACUCCUCUUUCCAACUUUUGCAAUAUGGGUCACUGUGUAGACCACUCACCCAAUCUACGUGUGGUUCAAGCCCCCAGAGUUCUCUAAGAGAUGUUGAUGGGUGAUCCGGACUGGAGUCUGUGGUUGGCACCUCUCACCAGCUCCAUUUCCAUGUUCAAGACUGAGGGCCUAAGGGAGAGCUGGGUGGGGAGCAUGUACCUCCCCAUCCCCAACACCUCCUCCCUACCAGCCCCACAGUGUGACCUCAGGAAGCUGUGGGCCUCACCUGGCUAUGACUGACCCGCUCAGAGCCGGUGAGAGCCAAUAUAGCCCAUGUCAUUUGCUUACAUUUGCCAAAUGUUUUGCCAUUUUUUUUCAAAAAACAACAAAAAUACAACGCGUACGAAUUUCCAA